AGAGCACGCACCGGGAAGGAUUUGGGCGCUACACCGCCACGCACCUCGUCCUUCGGCCCGGCCGUCGGAGGAGAAGUCUCGCCGCUUAGGCCCCCGCGGUGGUUUUGCUGGUUUCUCUUGUAGUUAGGUGUCUGAGGCUAGGCCUCAAGUGGAAACGGCGUCACCAUGAUGGCCGGACGGCCGGGCCGAGUGCCCUUACAAUUCCUACCAGAUGAGGCCCGGAAUCUGCCUCCGCCCAAGCUGACCGACCCGCGGCUUCUUUACUUCGGCUUCCUGGGCUACUGCUCAGGCUUACUUGAUAACGGGCUCCGGCGGAGGCCGGCGCUGACUGCGGGUGUGCAUCGUCAGCUUCUCUAUGUUACUUCCUUUAUGUUUGUCGGAUAUUAUCUUCUAAAACGUCAAGACUAUAUCAGUGCCAUAAGGGAUCAUGACAUGUUUGCAUAUAUUAAAUCACAUCCAGAGGAUUUUCCUGAAAAAGCGAGGAAAACUUAUGGUGAUAUUCUGGAAGAAUUCCAUCCAGUACGUUGAAGCCUUCAAAACACUUCCAUUUAACUGAGACCUGUUAUUUCUGAAUUUUGUGGAACAUGUUUCCAUGACUGAAGUUGAUGUUAAUCUCUAUGCUACAAUUAAAAUGAUUAUUACAAA